AUGGCGAAUCCGAAUCAUCCGCAAUCUGAGAGAUCGUCUAUGGAUCAUUAUGAUAAUCCAUAUUAUCUACAUCAUAAUGAUCAUGCUGGUCUUCUUCUUGUUACUGAUCGCUUAAUUAUUGCAUCUGAGUUUCAUUCUUGGAGGCGUUCUGUGCGUAUGGCGUUGAAUGUCUGUAACAAGCUUGGGUUUAUUGAUGGAACGGUGAUUCAACCGGCGUCUACUUACCGUGAUUAUGGUGCUUGGUCUCGUUGCAAUGAUAUGGUGGCAAUAUGGCUGAUGAACUCUGUAUCCAAGAAGAUUGGUCAGAGCUUGUUAUUCAUCAAUACCGCUGAAGGUAUAUCGAAGAAUCUCUUGGCUCGUUUCAAACCGAAUGAUGCACCGACGGUUUUUGAUAUUAAACAAAAGCUGAGUAAGACUGAACAAGGUUCAAUGGAUGUAUCAACAUAUUAUACUGAACUUGUGACUUUGUGGGAAGAGCACCGACCCGCAAACGAGUCGGUCGCUACCUAG